CUACAAACUUCUUUACACACACACACAUACACUCUCUCUCUCUCUCUCUCUGCGUUUCUCAGAAUUCUCACACUCUCUGUCUCUCAUUUCUCGCACCGAUCGUCUCGUUUUUUCUCCUAUGGCGGAGGGCGAUAACCUCUUCGCCGGCCUCGCCGAAGCUCUCUUCGCCGGGGCGAAGCCUCUCUCCCCCGCCGAUCUUCUCCGCAAGCUUCGCUCCGAGGACUCCAUCAGACCGGCGCUCCAAAACUUCUAUUUGAUCCUCAAACGCGGCGUCGAGACUUCGCCGGAAGAUGGUGCUCGCUUAGGGCUUCAAUCCUGGAACGACUCGCAGAUUCAAGCCGUUGCUUCGAUUGCUUCUGCGCUCGCCUCCGCUUCUCGAUCUCUCUCUGUGGAGCAAGCAGAAGCAUUAAUUGUUGCAGUCGUGCAACAGUCGCUGGAAUUCGCUGUUUCUUAUUUGGAGAAAUCGGAAUUCAAUGGCGAUGAUUUAAGUAUUCAGAAUAAAUUGGUACAGCUUUUGGAGAUAGCAUUAGUUGAUGGAGUGGAUAAAGUAUCUGAGACAUUGCAGCCCUGCUCUAUAAAUAGCUUGGUAGACCUAUUGCCAACGGUUGCUGAUUGUUGUGGCAUUGAUUUGGAUAAUCAUGUUAAAUGCAGUCUUCAAGGGACCAGUUGCUCUGUGGAAGAGAAACCAGUGGAUCGGCUUCAUAUGACAUUAGCUUCUGAGUGCAUACAAUCGGAUAGGCAGACAUCUGGAUUCAUUGCACAUGCUUUGCACCAAAAUUUGAACAAGUUUAUUUUUCUGUCCCAGCAUUGGGCUGUUGCUCAUGUGGGAUGCAUUCGGCGUCUGGUAUUGCUCUGCAAAGAAUUGAUUGCAAUACCAGCUGUGUUUGAUGAGAAGACAGCUGGUACAAAUUUCAGCAAGAGACUCUCAUUCAGUUUGAGGAUUUUGAAGUUACUUGGAAGUCUUUCAAAGGACAUUCCUUACAUUGAAUAUGAUGUCCAAUUGGUUCAGGCAGUUGCUUCUUUUGCUGAUGUAUUGCCAAUUUUGUUUAGACCUGGAUUUGAGUUUGUAAAUAGCCAUGCUGCUAUUGAUGGUAGUUUUGAGAGCCUGAUUCUGUUUCUUUUGGAAGAGUUUCUUCAGCUUGUUCAAGUUGUUUUCUGCAAUAGUAGCAUUUUUCAGAAUAUUCAAGCAUGUAUAGUAGCUUCUAUAUUGGACAAUUUGGAUUCUACUGUGUGGAGAUACAACAAGUCCACUGCUAACCUGAAGCCUCCGCUAGCUUUCUUCCCUCGCAGUGUUCUUUACAUAUUGAAACUUAUUUAUGAUCUCAAGAGGCAAACACAUCAGCCUCUCAAUUGGGAGGAGUUUGAAAGAGUGCUUAGUGGCAGUUCUGCUGAUCUGAUUGAUUCCCCUUAUUGUUAUGUUCAUUUUGAGAAGGUUCCUUUACUUAAGAGGUACACAGUGGAAGAACUAUUGAAAAUGAUAUUCCCCUCAUCAAAGCAGUGGGUGGACAAUCUAAUGCAUCUUAUUUUUUUUCUUCAUUCUGAAGCAGUAAAAUUAAGGCCAAAAGUGGAGCGAUCAUCUUCCAGUUGUGCAAAAACUAUUUCCAACUCUGAAUUGGAAAAUGCAGUUUGCCAAGAGGAUGAAGCCCUUUUUGGUGACCUUUUUUCUGAGAGUGGUCGUUCUGUAGGAUCUACAGAUGGAUAUGAUCAACCACCUGUUGCUAUCAAUUCUAGCUCCAGCCAUAGCAACACACCAAUUCAAGCUGCUACAGAAAUGUUGAGUUUUCUUGAAUUGAGCAUCUUCUCUCCGGAAUGUUAUACAUCCAUAUACGAGGAUGGCCGCAAACAAAUCAGUAGGAGCCAUAUUGAUAUUUUGCUUUCCUUACUUAUUUGUCAGGGCUGUUGUUCUGAAGAUAGGACAUCUGAUAGCUGUGGCAGUUUACGUGAAGAGAGGAGAAAUGGGAAUAUCCAUGAACUUUGCUUUGAGCUGUUGCACAACCUUCUCACUCACCAUGCUUUGUCUGAUUCCCUUGAAGAGUACCUUGUUGAGAAAAUUCUGAAUGUUGAAAACGAUAUUUUUGUUUACAAUGAUCAGACUCUAACCUUGCUAGCUCGCACUCUUCUCUGUAGGGUGGGUUUGGCAGGUAGCCAGUUCAGAACCCAAAUAUACAGGGGAUUUGUGUGUUUUGUUCUUGAGAAGGCAAAAGCUAUUUCUUAUAAAUGUCCUAGCCUCAAGGAGCUUAUUGGUACCCUUCCCUCUGUCUUUCAUAUUGAGAUUCUUCUUAUGGCAUUCCACUUAUCUUCCGAAGGAGAAAAGGCAACACUGGCAAACUUAAUAUUUUCUUCCCUCAGAGCAAUUGAGGUUCCAACUUCGGGUUUUAACAGCACACAGUUUUCAUGCUGGGCUUUACUAAUUUCAAGGUUGAUUUUAGUGCUUCGUCAUAUGAUAUUUUAUCCACAUACUUGUCCUCCAUCAUUGGUCCUGGAUUUGCGAUCCAAGUUGAGGGAAGCCCCCCAUUCUGUUUCACAUCUGCCUAAUAACAUGAAUGAUUAUUUAUCCUCUUGGGCAUCAGUUGCAGUAAAUAGUUUGGUUGGUGCAUGGAUUGAAGAGCCUGUCAUUAGUAGCUUGAUCAAUCAACUGAUUGAUAUUUCAGCCCUUCCUACUUCACUAUAUCGAGAUGAUCAGGCCAAAGGUGGCUUAUGCUUGAGUUGGAAUGAUAUUUUUGCAACUUUCUCAUGGAUUCUCGGGUCUUGGAAAGGUAAAAAAGCUGCAGCACCUGAAGAGCUUAUUAUUGAAAGAUAUGUUUUUGCACUUUGUUGGGAUUUUCCUUCGGUGUGUACUGCAUCCGACAAUCUGCUUCCAUUUCGGACUGGCUCCCAGGCUCUGGACUUAUCUGAUAUGGCACAUUUCUUCUGCUUCACCCACUCAUUUUUGGGGUGCAGUGAUGCCUUUGACCGUGGCACUAGUUUCCCUGGAGUAGUAGUUGGCCUAAUUCAGCACUUGCAUGCCAUGCACGUACCAGAGGGAAUUGAAGAACUAGGCUGGGAUUUCUUUAGGAAUGGAUCAUGGUUGUCUUUGAUACUUUCCAUACUUAAUGUUGGCAUCUGGAGAUAUUGCAUUAAGAAUAAAAUUCCUGGAGCAAGUCCAUGGACAGAAAACACAUCUAGGGACAAUGAGUAUAUCACUCUUUCUGAAGACCUGAUUUGCUCCAUUGUUGAAGCUGGUCAAAUUGAAAUGCUGGUCAGGCUGCUGUCUUCUAUGUUGGAAAGAUAUUUGCAGGCUCAACAGAAAGCUUUCCUAGCUACUGUUGAUAAUGAUCAGAACAAUGCUAAUAUGUUUUCACCUCUAUUGCUUCUCAAGCAUUCUGGAUUUGACAAAUGUUUUCAAGAUGAGCUCCUUGAAAAGAGUUGCACCACUUCUUCCCAGCUGGACCCUGUUCUUGAUAUCUUAUUGAAGUUGGAUGCUGCCAUUGAUAAGAGAGCUGUCGGAAAUUUAUCCAGGGCCUAUUGGGAAUUUAUGUUGCACGGUUUACCCUUUAGUCCUCAAACUGCUAGUGGAAUUCUUGUUUCUUGCAUUCUUAGCAUAAGAGGUAUCAUUUCCAUUCUAGAUGGGCUGCUCAGAAUAAAAAAUGCGAGAGAAAAUAUCCAUCUGGAGACUGAACUACUUGGUCAAAUUCUUGGUACAGUAAUGACGGUCAGGUUUGAUAGGAUCUUUGGAAGCAUUCAUGGGAUGUGUGAAGAUAUUUAUCACAUCUUAAAUGUUGGUUUGGAAGUAUUGGAUUAUUCCAACUUACUUCUAAUAAAGCACAUGGAAGGUUUUCUAAGGGACAUCAAUGCCAGAGGAGUAGGUGAUAGCAGUAUCCAUGAAUUGAUAAUUACCAAGGCAAUUGAUACAAUUGAUAGCCUUAAGAAAGACCCUUCAAAGUCUGCCAUUUUCCAAUUUUAUGUUGGUGCGGAGGAUGUGUCAGAGCAGGUGAAGGAUCAGUAUGGGUUGCAGCAUGGUGAUUUGUUGGUUUUGAUUGAUUCACUGGAUGAUUGCUGCUCAGAAUUAGUAAAUGUGAAGGUUCUUUCCUUCUUUGUUGAUCUAUUAUCAGGAGAGUUGUGUCCUGGUCUUAAAGAAAAGAUACAAAAUAAGUUCCUUGGCAUGGAUUCAGUUCGCCUGACCAAAUGGUUGGAGAAAAGGCUUUUAGGUUGCAUAGUGGAAGCUUCAGGUGCGGUCAAUAGUGCAAAAGGAAGUUCUGUUUCUCUCAGAGAGUCAACUAUGAAUUUUAUUUUGUGCCUUGUAUCCUCACCUUCUGAGUUGCAAUCUAGUGAACUGCAAAGUCAUUUUUUUGAAGCUGUGCUGGUUUCACUUGAUACUGCAUUUUUGCUAUUUGAUAUUCAUGUAGCCAAGUCCUAUUUUCAUCUUGUUGUUCAACUUUCAAGAGGAGAGACAUCAAUGAAAUUGCUUUUGGAACGGGCCAUAAAGCUGAUGGAGAAGGUGGCUGGUGAUGAACGUUUGCUUCCAGGGUUGAAGUUUUUGUUCAGUUUUCUUGGAACCAUCUUGAGUGAUUGUGGGUCUGGUAAGAAUACUCCAGAAAGAUCUGCUGGAAAGUCAUUGUCUACCAAUACUCAUGGGGUGGGAUCUGUGACUUCUAGGCUGGUGGGAUCAAGUAAGAAUUCCGAAACAUUGGUUCUUUCAGCUAAUCAAGAAGGGGGAUCCACAUCUAUUGAAUGUGAUGCAACUUCUGUGGAUGAAGAUGAGGAUGAUGGAACUUCUGAUGGUGAGGUGGCUAGCAUAGACAAGGAUGAGGAUGAGGAUAGUAACAGUGAAAGGGCCCUUGCUUCUAAAGUAUGCACAUUUACAUCCAGUGGCAGCAAUUUCAUGGAACAGCAUUGGUAUUUUUGUUAUACAUGUGAUCUGACUGUAUCAAAAGGCUGCUGCUCUGUUUGUGCUAAAGUUUGCCAUCGUGGUCACCGUGUUGUUUAUUCUCGCUCGAGUCGCUUCUUUUGUGAUUGUGGAGCUGGGGGUGUUAGGGGUAGCAACUGUCAGUGUUUGAAGCCUCGCAAAUUCACUGGGAGUAGUGCUGCACCUGUGCGUGGUUCUAGUAAUUUUCAGUCCUUCUUACCCUUUACCCAGGAUGGAGAUCAGCUGCCAGAUAGUGAUUCAGAUUUUGAUGAGGAUGUUAAUACAGAUAUUGAUAACUCCCUCAGGUUAUCAAUUCCAAGAGAACUUCAAGAUAGGAUUCCACUGCUACUGGAGGAGCUUGAUAUUGAGGGCCGGGUGCUUGGCCUUUGCUCUUCAUUGUUGCCUUCUAUAACUAGUAAAAGAGACUCCAGCCUUUCAAAAGAUAAGAAAAUUGUUUUGGGCGAGGAUAAGGUGCUUUCUUAUGGUGUUGAUAUCUUGCAAUUGAAGAAGGCAUAUAAAAGUGGGUCACUAGACCUAAAAAUAAAGGCAGAUUAUUCAAAUGCCAAGGAACUUAAGUCACAUUUAGCGAGUGGUUCUCUUGUCAAAACCUUGCUCAGUGUCAGUGUUCGAGGCCGACUUGCUGUUGGAGAAGGUGACAAAGUUGCUAUCUUUGAUGUUGGGCAGUUAAUUGGACAAGCCACCAUUGCACCUGUUACAGCAGACAAGACAAAUGUUAAGCCCCUCUCAAAGAAUGUUGUUCGCUUUGAGAUUGUCCAUCUUGCUUUUAAUUCAGUCAUAGAGAACUAUCUCGCUGUAGCUGGUUAUGAAGAUUGCCAGGUCCUCACUGUGAACCCUCGUGGUGAAGUGACUGAUCGUCUUGCCAUUGAACUAGCCCUGCAAGGUGCAUAUAUUAGGCGAGUAGAUUGGGUUCCAGGUUCUCAGGUUCAGUUAAUGGUGGUUACAAACAGGUUUGUCAAAAUAUACGAUCUGUCUCAGGACAACAUCAGUCCCAUGCACUACUUCACAUUGCAAGAUGACAUUAUUGUAGAUGCAACCCUUUAUUUGGCUUCCCAGGGAAGGAUGUUUCUUAUUGUUCUUUCAGAAUGUGGCAGCUUAUUCAGGCUAGAGUUGUCAGUGGAAGGUAAUGUUGGGGCCACGCCAUUGAAGGAAAUUAUACAUGUUCAGGACAAAGAAAUUCUUGCCAAGGGCUCCUCUUUGUACUUUUCUUCAUCAUGUAAAUUACUUUUCAUAUCUUAUCAAGAUGGCACAACCUUGAUAGGUCGGCUGAGUUCUGAUGCAACAUCUCUUAUUGAGAUAUCUUUGGUAUAUGAGGAGCAAGAUGGUAAGCAGCGGCCUGCUGGACUUCAUCGUUGGAAGGAGUUGCUGGCUGGAAGUGGGUUAUUUGUUUGCUUCUCUAGUUUAAAAUCAAAUUCUGCACUUGCUGUGUCCAUUGGGGCUCAUGAAUUAAUUGCUCAAAACCUGCGGCAUGCAGUGGGUUCAACCUCACCCAUAGUUGGGAUAACUGCCUACAAACCUUUAUCCAAAGACAAAAUCCACUGUCUUGUUCUACAUGAUGAUGGCAGCCUGCAAAUAUACUCACAUGUCCCUGUUGGAGUUGAUGCCAGUGCAAAUGCGACAUCAGAGAAAGUUAAAAAAUUGGGUUCUGGUAUCCUAAGCAAUAAGGCUUAUGCUGGUGUAAAUCCUGAAUUCCCACUUGAUUUUUUUGAGAAAACAGUGUUGAUUACACCAGAUGUGAAACUGGGCGGUGAGGCCAUCAGAAAUGGUGACUCUGAGUCUGCUAAGGAGAGGUUGUUAUCUGAGGAUGGUUUUCUAGAAAGCCCUAAUCCUACAGGCUUUAAGAUAACCGUCUUCAAUUCAAACCCUGAUAUAGUCAUGGUUGGUUUUCGUGUGCAUGUGGGUUAUGCUUCAGCAAACCAUAUACCAUCUGAUAUUACUAUCUUCCAGAGGGUUGUUAAAUUAGAUGAGGGCAUGCGUUCUUGGUAUGAUAUACCAUUUACAGUUGCUGAAUCACUCCUUGCUGAUGAGGAAUUUACAAUUUCUGUUGGACCAACCUUCGGCGGGUCUGCACUGCCUAGAAUAGACUCACUUGACGUUUAUGGUCGAGCUAAAGAUGAAUUUGGUUGGAAAGAGAAAAUGGAUGCAGUUUUGGAUAUGGAAGCUCGUGUGCUUGGUUCUAAUGCCUCGCUUGCAGUAUCAGGGAAAAAGCGCCGUUCAAUGCAGUCUGCUCCUGUUCAGGAGCAGGUCAUAGCAGAUGGUCUUAAGCUUCUAUCUAGAUUUUAUUCAUUGUGUAAGUCACAAGAAUGCUCAAGAGUUGAGGAAGUAAAACAGGAGCUGAGCAACCUCAAGUGCAAGAAGUUACUAGAAACCAUAUUUGAAAGUGACCGGGAACCCUUGUUGCAGGCUGCUGCUUGCCGUAUCUUGCAGGCUGUAUUCCCCAAAAAAGAGAUAUACUACCAAGUUAAGGAUACCAUGCGUCUCCUUGGGGUGGUCAAAUCAACCUCUGCACUUUCUUCAAGGCUUGGCACUGGUAGUACUGCAGGAAGGUGGAUUAUUGAAGAGUUUACAGCCCAGAUGCGUGCAGUCUCUAAGAUUGCGUUGCAGCGUCGGUCUAAUUUGGCUACUUUUCUGGAGAUGAAUGGUUCUGAAGUGGUGGAUGGGCUUAUGCAAGUCCUAUGGGGAAUUUUGGAAUUAGAGCAGCCUGACACACAAACUAUGAACAAUAUUGUUAUAUCUUCCGUGGAACUCAUUUAUUGUUAUGCUGAAUGCCUCACUUUACAUGGGAAGGAUACAGGAUGCUCUGUGGCACCUGCUGUUGUUUUACUCAAGCAACUUCUGUUUUCCCCCAAUGACGCAGUUCAGACUUCCAGCAGCCUAGCUAUAUCUUCAAGGUUGCUCCAGGUUCCAUUUCCAAAGCAAACCAUGUUAGCUACAGAUGAUGUGGUGGAAAAUACUGUGUCUGCUCCUGUGCCUUCUGACACAACUGGUGUAAAUACCCAAGUCAUGAUUGAGGAAGAUUCCAUCACUUCAUCUGUUCAAUACUGUUGUGAUGGCUGCUCCACUGUUCCUAUACUUAGGCGAAGAUGGCAUUGUACUAUUUGUCCUGAUUUUGAUUUAUGUGAGGCAUGUUAUGAAGUAUUAGAUGCAGACCGGCUUCCCCCACCACAUUCUAGAGAUCAUCCUAUGACAGCAAUUCCAAUUGAAAUUGAAUCAAUUGGAGGAGAUGGCAAUGAAUUUCACUUCACACCAGAUGAUGCAAGUGAUACAAGCUUGCUGCCAGCCACUGCAGAUGCCAGCAUGCAGAAUUCUGCUCCAUCAAUCCAUGUGUUGGAGCCCAGUGAAUCUGGAGAGUUUUCUACUUCAGUGACUGACCCAGUUUCAAUUUCUGCUUCGAAACGGGCUGUAAAUUCUUUGCUUCUUUCUGAGCUUCUUGAACAGUUGAAAGGAUGGAUGGAGACAACCUCUGGGGUUCGGGCAAUCCCUGUAAUGCAACUCUUCUACAGACUAUCAUCUGCUGUGGGUGGACCUUUUAUAGACAGUUCAAAGCCAAAAAGCUUGGAUCUAGAGAAAUUAAUUAAAUGGUUUUUGGAUGAGAUUAAUCUCAACAAACCUUUUAAUGCCAAAACCCGCUCUUCUUUUGGGGAAGUGGAAAUCCUCAUCUUCAUGUUCUUCACGUUGAUGCUUCGGAACUGGCACCAGCCCGGAAGUGAUAAUUCCACUCAAAAAUCAGCUGGAACUGUAGAAACAAAUGACAAGAGUGUUAUCCAGAUUCCGCCCUCCACUUCAGCUGCUACUCAGUCUUUGGAUGAUCAGGACAAAGAUGAUUUCAUUUCCCAGCUGCUUCGAGCCUGCGAUUCUCUUAGACAACAAGGUUUUAUCAGUUAUUUAAUGGAUAUACUGCAGCAGCUUGUGCAUGUAUUUAAGUCUCCUCCUGUUAAUCAUGAUGGUGCACAUGGUUUGGGCCCUGGUUCUGGCUGUGGGUCUUUACUAACAGUACGAAGAGAUCUACCUGCAGGUAAUUUUUCUCCAUUCUUUUCGGAUUCAUAUGCUAAAGCCCAUCGGACAGAUAUCUUUAUGGACUACCACAGACUAUUGUUAGAGAAUGCUUUCCGACUUGUAUACACUUUGGUUCGCCCUGAAAAACAAGACAAGAGUGGUGAGAGAGAAAAGGUUUACAAGACUUCAUACAGUAAGGAUUUGAAGCUGGAUGGAUAUCAGGAUGUUCUCUGCAGUUACAUUAACAAUCCCCAUACAACGUUUGUAAGAAGAUACGCAAGGAGGCUUUUCCUGCAUCUAUGUGGAAGCAAAACUACCUAUUACAGUGUUAGAGACUCUUGGCAAUUCUCCAGUGAAGUUAAGAAACUUUUCAAACACAUAAAUAAAUCUGGUGGUUUUCAAAAACCUGUCUCUUAUGAGAGAAGUGUUAAGAUUGUGAAGUGCCUAUCUACUAUGGCUGAAGUAGCUGGUGCACGGCCUCGGAACUGGCAGAAAUACUGUUUGAGGCAUGGAGAUGUUUUAUCCUUCCUGAUGAAUGGAAUAUUUUAUUUCGGGGAGGAGUCUGUUGUUCAGACUCUUAAACUUCUAAAUUUGGCCUUCUAUACAGGAAAGGAUAUUGGCCACUCUUUACAGAAAACUGAAGCAGACUCGGGAAUAGGUUCAAACAAAUCAGGCACUCAAUCUUUGGAUUCAAAGAAGAAAAAGAAAGGUGAAGAUGGAAUUGAAUCUGGUUCAGAGAAGUCCUAUUUAGAUAUGGAGGCAGCGAUUGAUAUCUUCACUGACAAGGGUAGUGAUGCCUUGAGACAAUUUAUUGAUAGUUUUCUACUGGAAUGGAAUUCGAGCUCUGUGCGUGCAGAGGCCAAGUGUGUUCUUUUUGGUGUUUGGCAUCAUGGAAAGCAGUCAUUCAAGGAAACCUUGUUAACAACUCUCCUACAGAAAUUCAAAUUCCUGCCAAUGUUUGGUCAGAAUAUCGUUGAGUACACAGAACUUGUCACAUGGUUGCUGGGAAAAGUCCCUGAUAUUAGCUCAAAGCAACAAAGUACUGAACUUGUGGAUCGGUGCUUGACCCCUGAUGUUAUUAGAUGCAUCUUUGAAACACUUCAUUCUCAAAAUGAGCUAUUAGCUAAUCAUCCAAAUUCCCGCAUAUACAACACUUUAAGUGGUUUAGUGGAAUUUGAUGGAUACUAUCUUGAGAGUGAACCUUGUGUUGCCUGCAGUUCACCUGAGGUACCAUAUAGCAGGAUGAAGCUAGAAAGUCUGAAAUCUGAAACAAAGUUUACUGACAACCGAAUCAUUGUGAAAUGCACAGGGAGUUACACAAUCCAGACUGUGACUAUGAAUGUUCAUGAUGCACGCAAAUCUAAAUCAGUAAAAGUUUUAAACCUCUACUACAAUAAUAGGCCUGUGGCUGACUUGUCAGAAUUGAAAAAUAAUUGGGCACUAUGGAAGCGUGCAAAGAGUUGUCAUCUUGCUUUCAAUCAGACUGAGCUAAAAGUAGAGUUCCCCAUUCCAAUCACUGCUUGUAACUUCAUGAUUGAGCUGGAUUCUUUCUAUGAAAAUCUACAGGCCUUAUCCCUUGAACCAUUGCAAUGCCCACGUUGCAGUCGACCAGUCACUGAUAAGCAUGGGAUAUGUAGCAAUUGCCAUGAGAAUGCAUAUCAAUGCAGGCAAUGCCGAAACAUCAAUUAUGAGAAUCUGGAUUCUUUUCUUUGCAAUGAGUGUGGUUACAGCAAAUAUGGAAGGUUUGAGUUCAAUUUCAUGGCAAAGCCCAGUUUCACAUUUGAUAAUAUGGAGAAUGAUGAAGAUAUGAAGAGAAAUUUAGCAGCUAUAGAAUCUGAAUCAGAAAAUGCUCAUAGGAGAUAUCAGCAACUCUUGGGUUUUAAGAAGCCCCUACUCAAGAUUGUAUCAAGUAUUGGUGAGAAUGAGAUGGACUCACAACAGAAGGACUCUGUGCAGCAAAUGAUGGUCUCUUUGCCUGGGCCUUCAUGUAAGAUAAACCGUAAAAUUGCUCUUCUUGGUGUCCUGUAUGGUGAGAAGUGCAAAGCAGCUUUUGAUUCUGUUAGUAAAAGUGUUCAGACGCUGCAAGGGUUACGCCGGGUAUUGAUGAGUUAUUUGCACCAGAAACAUUCUGAUAAUGGAGUUGCUGCUUCAAGAUUUGUGGUAUCCAGGUCUCCAAAUAAUUGCUAUGGCUGUGCAACUACUUUUGUGACCCAGUGCCUUGAAUUAUUGCAGGUGCUAUCAAAGCAUCCAAAUUCUAAGAAACAACUUGUUUCAUCUGGCAUCUUAUCUGAGUUAUUUGAAAAUAACAUUCAUCAAGGUCCUAAGACUGCCCGUGUCCAAGCUAGGGCAGUACUUUGUGCUUUCUCUGAGGGUGAUGUUAGUGCAGUGACUGAGUUGAACAGUCUGAUGCAGAAGAAAGUCAUGUACUGCCUUGAACAUCAUCGUUCCAUGGAUAUUGCUCUGGCUACCCGUGAAGAGCUGUUAUUGCUUUCGGAAGUGUGUUCUCUGGCUGAUGAAUUCUGGGAAUCAAGGUUACGUGUUGUUUUUCAACUGUUAUUUUCUUCCAUUAAAUUGGGUGCCAAGCAUCCUGCCAUCUCUGAGCAUGUUAUUCUUCCUUGUCUGAGGAUUAUAUCUCAGGCGUGUACUCCUCCAAAACCUGACACAGCAGACAAAGAUCAAGGUGUUGCAAAAUCUGCUCCUGUUUCACAGACUAAGGAUGAAAGUAACUCUAAUGUUUCAGGAUCUUUGAGUGGUGUUUUCAGUGGGAACAAGUCUCAGCCAGAGUCAUUGGAAAGGAACUGGGAUGCUUCCCAGAAGACUCAAGAUAUUCAAUUACUGAGCUAUUCUGAGUGGGAGAAGGGAGCAUCUUAUCUCGAUUUUGUUAGAAGGCAGUACAAGGUGUCUCAAGCAGUCAAGGGUGCCAGCCAAAGGUCUCGUCCCCAAAGACAUGAUUUCCUAGCUCUUAAAUAUGCAUUAAGGUGGAAGCGGCGUGCUUGUAAGACAGCAAAGGGUGACUUAUCAGCAUUUGAACUCGGGUCAUGGGUUACAGAACUUGUUUUGAGUGCUUGCUCUCAAUCGAUAAGGUCUGAAAUGUGCAUGCUGAUAAGUUUGCUCUGUGCCCAAAGCGCAUCAAGGCGAUUUCGGUUGUUGAACUUGCUAGUGUCUCUAUUACCGGCAACACUAUCUGCUGGUGAAAGUGCUGCAGAGUAUUUUGAGUUGCUUUUCAAGAUGAUAGAGUUGGAAGAUGCUCGUCUGUUUUUGACUGUGCGGGGAUGUCUACGUACAAUAUGUAAAUUAAUUACCCAAGAAGUGGCCAAUAUAGAGUCUCUGGAAAGGAGCCUGCAUAUUGACAUUUCACAGGGAUUUAUCCUUCACAAGCUGAUAGAGCUCCUUGGAAAAUUUUUAGAGGUUCCCAAUAUCAGAUCCAGAUUCAUGCAAGAUAAUCUGCUCUCUGAAAUCCUUGAAGCACUUAUUGUCAUCCGUGGCUUGAUAGUGCAAAAGACAAAGUUGAUUAGUGAUUGCAACCGGCUCUUAAAAGAUCUUUUAGAUAGUCUUCUGCUUGAAAGCAGUGAAAAUAGACGGCAGUUUAUCCGGGCCUGUAUCUGUGGUUUGCAAAUUCAUGGAGAGGAGCGAAAGGGAAGAAAUUCUCUGUUUAUCUUAGAGCAGCUCUGCAAUCUGAUCUGCCCAUCGAAACCAGAGCCUGUAUAUCUUUUGGUUCUUAACAAGGCACACACGCAGGAAGAAUUCAUCAGGGGAUCAAUGACUAAAAAUCCUUAUUCCAGUGCAGAGAUUGGUCCAUUGAUGCGUGAUGUUAAGAAUAAAAUUUGCCAUCAGUUGGAUCUCUUGGGUCUUCUUGAAGAUGAUUAUGGCAUGGAGUUGCUAGUUGCUGGCAAUAUCAUCUCUCUUGAUUUGAGCAUUGCUCAAGUUUAUGAGCAAGUAUGGAGGAAAUCAAAUCAAUCUUCAAGCACUUUGGCUAAUUCUACCUUGUUAUCUACAACUGCUGCUACUUCAGCCAGAGAUUGUCCACCUAUGACUGUGACUUACCGUCUUCAGGGAUUAGAUGGCGAAGCAACUGAGCCUAUGAUUAAAGAAUUGGAGGAAGAUAGGGAGGAGUCGCAAGAUCCUGAGGUUGAAUUUGCCAUAGCAGGUGCAGUACGUGAAUAUGGUGGACUUGAAAUUAUUUUGGGCAUGAUCCAGCGUUUGCGAGAUGAUUUCAAGUCCAAUCAAGAGCAGUUGGUUGCAGUUCUUAAUCUCCUCAUGCACUGUUGCAAAAUCAGAGAGAACAGGCGUGCCUUGUUGAGACUAGGAGCUUUAGGCAUACUUCUUGAAGCAUCAAGGCGGGCCUUCUUUGUGGAUGCCAUGGAGCCAGCCGAAGGCAUUCUUCUGAUUGUGGAAAGUCUGACUAUGGAAGCAAAUGAAAGCGAAAACAUUAGCAUUUCACAAAGUGCUCUUACUGUCACCAGUGAAGAAACUGGCACAGAUGAGCAGGCCAAGAAAAUAGUUCUCAUGUUCUUGGAACGACUAUCACAUCCUUUGGGCCUUAAAAAAUCAAACAAACAGCAAAGGAACACUGAGAUGGUCGCACGAAUUUUGCCUUACUUGACAUAUGGUGAACCUGCUGCAAUGGAAGCACUGAUCCAGCAUUUUAGCCCUUACUUGCAAGACUGGGGUGAAUUUGACCAGUUGGAGAAACAACACCAAGACAAUCCUAAAGACGAGAACCUUGCUCAGCAAGCUGCCAAGCAGAGAUUUUCCCUGGAAAAUUUUGUUAGAGUUUCAGAGUCACUUAAGACAAGUUCCUGUGGAGAGAGACUAAAGGACAUUAUCCUAGAGAAGGGUAUAACCAGUGUUGCAAUUAGACAUCUGAGCAAUAGUUUUGCGGUUUCAGGGCAGGCUGGCUUUAAAUCCAGUGCAGAAUGGGCAAUAGGUUUAAAACUGCCUUCUGUACCGCUUAUAUUGUCUAUGCUGACAGGCUUGUCAAUGGGGCAUUUGGCCACCCAAAGGUGUAUUGAUGAGGGUGGAAUCUUACCCCUGCUUCAUGCUUUGGAAGGAGUCUCUGGAGAAAAUGAAAUUGGGGCAAGGGCUGAAAACUUGCUAGACACACUAUCUAAUAAAGAGGGAAAGGGGGAUGGGUUCUUGGAGGAGAAGGUGUGUAGGUUGCGGCAUGCAACUCGGGAUGAAAUGAGGCGUCGAGCUUUGAGGAAGAGAGAGGAGAUGCUUCAGGGACUUGGAAUGCGACAGGAACUAGCUUCAGAUGGCGGUGAGCGUAUUGUUGUUGCUCGACCAAUUCUUGAAGGUCUGGAAGAUGUGGAGGAGGAGGAAGAUGGGCUGGCAUGCAUGGUGUGCCGAGAGGGCUACAGUUUGAGGCCUACUGAUUUGCUGGGUGUGUACUCCUACAGUAAGCGGGUGAACCUAGGUGUUGGCCCUUCAGGAAGUGCACGUGGGGAAUAUGUCUACACAACUGUGAGUUACUUUAAUAUUAUUCAUUUCCAAUGCCAUCAGGAGGCCAAAAGAGCAGAUGCAGCUCUGAAGAAUCCUAAGAAAGAGUGGGAAGGUGCAACCCUCAGAAAUAAUGAAUCUCUUUGUAAUUCAUUAUUCCCUGUGAGAGGUCCUUCGGUUCCACCACAACAGUAUAAUCGCCAUGUUGACCAGUAUUGGGAAAACCUCAAUGCUCUUGGACGUGCUGAUGGAAGCAGGCUUCGACUGUUGACAUACGACAUUGUUCUGAUGCUUGCUCGAUUUGCAACGGGGGCAUCAUUCAGUGCAGAAAGCAGAGGUGGAGGAAGGGAAAGCAACUCCAGAUUUCUUCCUUUCAUGAUCCAAAUGGCUCGUUACCUUCUUGAUCAGGGAAAUCCUUCUCAGCGCCGUAGCAUGGCCAAAGCUGUCUCAGCAUAUUUAACCUCUUCCACUACAGAUUCCCGCCCCUCCACACCAUCUGGAACACAACCUUCUGUGGGGACUGAAGAAACUGUACAAUUUAUGAUGGUGAAUUCACUUCUCUCAGAGUCCUAUGAAUCAUGGUUGCAGCACCGAUGCGCCUUCUUGCAGCGUGGAAUUUAUCAUGCAUACAUGCAGCACACUCACGGCCGGUCAGUGGCUCGCGGAUCAUCCAAUUCAGCAAAAGUAGAACCUGGAAGCUCUAGUACAAGCCCUACCCCUGAAUCAGAGGGUGCUGAUGAUCUAUUGUCUAUCAUCCGACCAAUGCUUGUCUACACUGGUUUAAUUGAGCAGCUGCAGCAAUUCUUCAAAGUUAAAAAAUCAGCAAAUGUGGCAUCUGUAAAAGCAGAAGGAACUACUGCAUCAUUAGAAGGGGACGAUGAAAGUGGAAGUGUAGAAGCUUGGGAGAUUGUGAUGAAAGAGAGACUAUUGAAUGUGAAGGAGAUGGUAGGGUUUUCUAAGGAAUGGCUCUCGUGGCUCGAUGACAUAAAUUCUGCUACUGAUUUGCAGGAGGCCUUUGACGUCAUCGGUGUUUUAGCUGAUGUGUUAUCUGGUGGAGUUACGCAGUGUGAGGAUUUUGUGCAUGCUGCGAUAAAUGCGGGGAAAGGCUGAUGAUCAUUCUGAAUCAGGGGCAUUAUGUGUAUUUUUAGUUCAAAAUUCUAGUUACAAACUUCCUUAUUUUGAUAUGUGAUAAUGAUGUAUGCCUGUUCUGUCCCCAUGCGUGAAGGGGUGAGAACUUAAUAUUAUGUCUUGUUUGAGUCUGUAACACAUACGCUCCUUUAGGUAAUGAAAUUUGCUU